UCCAUCCAUCCUUCCUUCCUUCCUUCUACCCUUCCUUCCCUCCAUCCUUGCAUCCUGAGCUCCUGCUUCCUCUCAGUUGGUUUGUUGCAGUGGAGGCAGAGAUAAACAAGCUGUACGUGACCUGGAUCACGCAGCCACACACACACACACACACACAGAUGAGAGCCCUUCAGCAAGGCAUCACUACAGCCGAUAUACAAACAGCCUUAAUUAAGUUUCUUCUACUUUUAAGACAUUAGAUGAGUGCUUGAAAUAAAUGUGUUUAAUUUGUAUUUUAUCGUCCUUUCAGGUUUUAGUAUUAAAUAAAAGUCCAACCUCUUAUUGUUUUAUAUGCUGUAGUUUUCGGUGUCGCAGUAAAGACGCCUUGAAGUGGUGAAGCUCAACAAAGCAAAGAAUAUUUAUUUCUUCAGAUUAACUACACGUUUUUCAUUUCCCUCCCGCCGAGAUGAAAAGCAGGCGGCUUGUGACGCGUUUCGUUAUCUGGAGGAAGUUUGGACGUCUCUUUUAAAGCUCGUUCGGUUAAUGAACAAAUGUCCCGCGCAGCUGAUGAGAGCGAGCGGAACCGACCAGAACCUCCGUUUACAGGACGGGACUUUCCACGCAGCAGGAAACUUCACGAGGAACUGUGCGGCUCUUUGAUGCAAGCAAACAAACGGAACGGAACCGGGCCGCCGCGUCCGGAGGACCUCAGUGUUGGAACGCGGCCCCUCCCCGUUGUCAUGGCGACGCCGAAACUCGCGCAGCAGCAGCAGCGGUGGAAACGAGCCCGGUUAGUUUGCGCGUUGAGGACGUUGAAAUUUGAUUUCAGGCCCAUGUUUAGUUAUUCUGAGAAGACGAUCACAGCGAUGACACGGCGGAAGAACCGCACUGAGUACAGCAGGAUGAAGCAGCAGCAAGAAUCUCUCCAAACUGAAUCGGUUCACAUUCUCACCCAGGCAGAAACAAGUCGGUUCAGAAACAGUCCGAAGCAGAACAUCUGUGUGGAGCUUCUUCAAGGUGGCUACCACAGGUCGUUCACUGAGUUCUUCACCCUUCUGGACCGUGAUCGGGUUGGGAGGGCGACCCCUAAACCGGGUCUCCGGACCCCACUGUACCGUCAGCGGGACAAACUGGAGACCAUGCUACUGCACCUGAGACAGGCCGAGCAGGCAGAGAACACCUGCUCCUGGACUGCGGCCUGUGACCAGCGCCUCCUCCUGGGUCGGUACUUCUCCGACCCGGAGGACCUCUGGCUCAGUCGGCACUUCUACCACCGGUCCGCGGACGCAGAGCGGGGGGGCCACUCCAGACCGGCCACCGAAGCCCGGGCCCGCCUGGCCGAGAUCUACCUGCAGCUAGGCGAGCUGCAGCAGGCGAGGCAGCAGGCGGAGCGCUGCGUGCGGCAGGCGGACGAGGGCGGCUGGCCCCUGAGGCUCGAGGCCCGCAGGACGCUGUGGAGGGUCUGCAGCCGGCUGGCGGACGCGGCGCAGCCCGCCGAGGCCCUGCGGCUGCUGCACGAGGGCCUCAGAGCCGCUGCUGAGUCUGAAGACAAACGCAGCGAAUCAGAAGCCUCCUAUCGACUGGGCCUGACCUAUCAGAGCGCAGGAGACCACGACCAGGCCAAGAAGUUCUUCAACUCCUGCAUCCAGAUCAGUGACGAGCUGCAGGAUGCAGACUGGCUGGGGAAGUCCUACAAGGCUAUGGCUGCAUCUCUAGAGAGUCAGGGUUACACACAUGAAGGACUCCAGUUACUGGAGAAGUUGGUCGUCAUCUCUCGAGGCAGCGGGCGGGAACACGCCCUGGCAGACAGCCUCAUGUGUCUGGGUCACGUCUACUUCAAGAAGAGCCAGUACACCACGGCGUGUGAAUACUUCCUGCAGGCCCAUGAGGUCCUCUCAGCCGUUGGAGACGUGUCUCUGCUGCAGGAGUCUCAGGUGUCGUUGGCGAUGUCUCGCUCACGUCUCUCUGAGCGGGAGACAUGUCAUCGCCCCGCGCCGCCUGCUCAGCCGCAGGGAGGGAAGGACAACGGCGUGGACCCGGGACACAAACGACUCUUUGACGGAUGAAUAAACAAUAAUAAUAUAAUAAUAAUCUGUUUGCACAGGAAGUCUCUGAAGAUGUUGUUAGAUGUGCACAAUAAAUCUCACACCUCUUCUUUUC